UACAUGUUUUAACAUCCUGUAUAGCUGACAUUUCAACUGACAUAAUAGCUGGAGCUGAGCAACACAGAAAUGCUGGGAAUGAUUCAACAACCACAAGAUCACAGCCAGAUAUCAUAACAGCAGCCAGUCAAAAAUUGAAAAGCAAAACUGCUACUUUAAAAAGAAAAACAGCUACUUUAAGAAGAAGAACAGCUAGUUUAACACUAAAAAAUAUAAUUCAUAAAAAGAAGAAAAAGCAAUGGAUAGUAUUAUCAGUAGCGUCAGCAGUCGUUAUAGCACUCUUAGCUGCAGUUCUCAUUCUCAGUCUCUUUCCUCGACUCCCAACGCUAUCAAAGCAAGUCAUGCGUCCAUACGACACUGUCUUGUAUAGAAUACCUCAAAGUUACUGGGUGACAAGUGUCGAUAUAGAGUUGGAGGGUUCGGCUUCUUGCUCUGCUACAGUCGUCUCAGUCAAAUGCAGUGACAUACAACAAGGCAGCAGCAAUUCAAUAGACGAAGUCUUCAAAUCUGAUUAUAUUUAUCUCGAAGAGGGUUCCAUCAUUAGCCUCCUAAUGAACGAUGUAGAGUCAAUGGGUACUUUGUCUUGCUCUCCUUAUUAUGCUUACAUUUUCAAUGACCAUCAAUCUGCUAACGAUAACGCUGACAAUAAUUUUGAAGAUCUAGCCUGUGCUCAUCCUCCAGACAACACAUGGUGCAUAAGACUCAUCAACGAUAGCAGUGGGGCUCAAUUUAUCUCACCGUCAUCAAGCUAUUAUUUCAUUCGCUGUGACAGAGGACCAGAAUGUGACAUAGUCGACUCCAUUCACUUCAAUGUCAGUCAGUAUAAUAUCAUGCCUAGCAAAGAGUUUGAGAUUGGCUCUGUGAUGAUUCGAACACAUGAUAGUGAGAAAAGGCUCAAAUUAAGAGACGAGACUUUUAGUCCGUACUCUUUCAUAGAAGAGGAAGUGUGUCUCCUGAUGCAGCUGUCAGACUCAUCACAGUGCGAAGACGGGGAACCCCCUAUUUAUCAUGUAGCAUUUGUAGGGUCACCAGCAAGAAGAUACGACAUGAUAUUUCAUCCAUUUUUAGUAUUAUUUGUAAUACUAGUGGUAUCUAUAGUAGCCCUCAGCAUUUUCUAUUGUUAUACUAAAUUUUGUAAUAAGUAAACCCCCUUGUGUACUCAUUUCAUUUGGCUCAUUAGAUGAAGCAUUACAUAUUUAUGUCACACUUCAUUAGUUUCUAAACAGUCCAUAAUGGGUAGAGGUAAUUUCUUUACAAACAUAAAAAUGCAGUGGGUGGUAGGAGUUGCCAUAAAUACUAGCUGCCAGCUGCCAACUGAUAGUGUGGCCCUCCUUCACAUCAUCACAAAUGGCAAAGGCAGCAGUAGAGAAAGAACCUGGCUGUACACUAGUAAUUGCCAAUCCAGCAACCCACUCCAACACUACAGGCCAGGAUCCAGACUAUGUGAAUUCCACAGCAAACCCAUUAUAUGAUCUGUUAGACAAAGAUGAUUCAGUAUUUCAUGAAUAUGUUAAUGUUGACAUUUGUGUACAAAACUCCAAUGAAGUAAUCUAUGAUAACCUCAUAAAUCGUGCUGAUGAGCAUAUCUAUGAAAAUACGGUUAUAAAUCGAGAAAAUACAAAUAAUGAAUCUGUUGCUGGAGCAGGGGAAGAUGAGAAUGAAAUAACAGUAGAGGUACAUGUUGAGCAGCAUGGAGAUGAAAGUUCCACAGAUUUGCCAGAACUUACACCCACACAUCUAGUGAAUGUAUUUUUGAAUAGUGACAUCACAGUUGGAACUCUAAACGCUUUACGUGUUAUGCUCCAAGUUUCAAGGGCUAGACUACUAAGUGUUGCAGGAGGUGAUAAUAAUCUAGCAAUGCAGGCAAUGGAAGUGAUUAGUGCAUGGGUAGAUGAGCAUCCAGAAAUAUCACUGCAGGAAAAGCACAGAAUACUAGCUGAUCAUUUGAGAAGUCUAGAGCUGAGCUACUUGAUACCAAAACUUCGCGGGGAGGAAAGAAUCAUUGGAGCUGAUCCACAAGCAAUUACAAAUUAUUUAAGAGAUGUUACCAGGACUUUCUCUACAAGCCAGGCUCGUGAGUUUGGACGGUCCUUGAAGCUAAGCAAGAAGAAAAUUGAAACAAUAUCUCGCAGCACAGGAGCAACAACAGGGAUGGAACUGGUCCUGCAAAUAUUUGAUCACGUCAACCGAAACAACACUCACCUUAAUGGACCCUUAAUGAGCGAGAUAGAGGAAUCUCUUUAUGCAGCUGCUAAGCUCAACACCAACCCAACAAGGGGAACAUUGAGGAAAUACCAUAAUAGGCUAGGUACAUCACAAUACUAGCAGUAUUG